UGCUAUUCCAGGAGGAUACAAACAGAAGGUUAGCCAGACUGACAGCAAAUAAUCUUACAGCGAGGAAAGAUUGUCUCGACUGUUGCAGCGGAUCAGAACUGUUUGUGUUAUGAGAAGAGGACACUGGCUGUCUUAGGACUGUGAUUGGACACGAUGGCUGCAGCCCCUCCACUCACACGGUCAGAUUCAGCUCGAGGAGAGUUCUCCCCUCUGAAGCACUUUGUCGUGGCCAAGAAGAAGAUAAGCGAUGUGUUUGAGCAACUACUGAACUAUGUGCAAGAAACUUCUGAGUUUGUAGAAGAAACCUGUGGGAAUAAAGCUUUGGAGAACAUCGCGAGUCAGGAUCAAAAGCUGGAGAUCCAGGCGUACGCUGACAAACUUGCUGUCAUUAAGGAGGUGCUGGCACGCAGACACAUGAAAGUGGCCUUUUUUGGCAGGACCAGCAAUGGUAAAAGUACAGUGGUCAACGCCAUGCUGAGGGACCGUGUGCUGCCCAGCGGGAUUGGCCACACAACUAACUGCUUCCUGAGUGUGGAGGGCACUGAUGAUGACAAGGCUUACCUCAAGACGGAGGGCUCUGAUGAGGAGAAGAGCAUCAAGACUGUAAACCAGCUGGCUCAUGCACUCCACAUGGAUGAGAGUCUGGACGCCGGCUGUCUUGUCCGUGUCUUUUGGCCGAAGACCAAGUGUGCUCUGCUUCGAGACGACCUGGUGCUUGUAGACAGCCCAGGGACAGAUGUCACAUCACAACUGGACAGCUGGAUUGACAAGUUUUGCCUGGAUGCUGAUGUCUUUGUGCUGGUGGCCAAUUCUGAAUCCACACUUAUGAACACGGAAAAGCACUUUUUCCACAAAGUGAACGAACGUUUGUCGAAGCCCAACAUCUUCAUCCUCAACAACCGCUGGGACGCCUCAGCAAACGAACCAGAAUACAUGGAGGAUGUGAGGAAGCAGCACACAGACCGCUGUGUGAACUUCCUGGUCGAGGAGCUGAAGGUUGUGGACCGCGACCAGGCACCCAACCGCAUUUUCUUCGUGUCUGCCAAAGAGGUGCUCAACUCCCGCAUGCAGCGUGCACAGGGCAUGCCGGAAACAGGUGGGGCCCUGGCUGAAGGCUUCCAGGAGAGACUGAAGGAGUUCCAGAGUUUUGAGAGGCGGUUUGAGGAGUGUAUCUCGCAGUCAGCAGUGAAAACAAAGUUUGAGCAGCACACUAUCAGGGCCAAGCAGAUCACAGAGAAAGUCAAGAGCAUCAUGGACGCCAUCAACAUCGAGGCGGCAGAGAAGAGAGUGGCGGCUCUGGAGGACAGAGAGUAUCAGAUGGACCGGCUGGAGUUUGUCAAGAAUCAGCUCAACUUGCUGAUCAGUGAUAUUAAGAAGAAGAUCAAGGCCAUCAGUGAGGACGUGGCGUGUAAGGUAUCCACCGCCAUGGGAGAGGAGAUCUGCCGUCUCCACGUAAUCGUCGAUGAGUUCCACACUGACUUCCACCCAUCACCACAUGUCCUCAAGAUCUACAAGUCUGAGCUGCUGUCUCAUGUGGAGGAGGGGAUGGGCAAGAACCUGGCCUACCGCUGCUCCGACGCCGUCUAUGCUUCUGUCCAGUCCUCUCAGAGAUACAUGAUAGAGAGCAUGCUCCCUCUGCUCCCCUCUGUGGUUCAGAGCCAAGUCCACAUGCUGGUGCCCAGCAGGAAGUUUGACCUGAGUUACGACCUGAACUGCGCCACGCUUUGCAGUGACUUCCAGGAGAACAUCGAGUUUCAGUUUUCACUGGGCUGGACGUCGUUAGUCCACCGCUUCCUAGGAUCUGUCAACGCACAGAGAGCGCUCAAACUGGUGGACCAGAACUUCCAGGCCUCUCGACCAGCACUGCCCCUGGCCCGGACGCCCUCCUCAGGACCCCCCUCGACGAUCGCCCCGCCCAACAACGAGACAGCCCUCAUGACCCAGGAGGACCUGAUGGUGGCCAUGGCAACAAACGUGGCGUCCCUCACCUCCCGCACUUCAAUGAGCAUCGUCAUCGUCGGAGGAGUGGUGUACCGAGCAGUUGGCUGGAGGUUGAUCGCCCUGUCAGCCUCACUGUACGGCCUGCUGUACCUGUACGAGAGACUCACCUGGACCACGAAGGCAAAGGAGCGGAGUCUGAAGCGGCAGUUUGUGGAUUACGCUUCCGAGAAGCUGCAGCUCAUCGUCAGCUUUACCAGCGCGAACUGUAGCCACCAGGUCCAACAGGAGAUGGCUACGACCUUCGCUCGGCUCUGUCAGCAGGUGGACCAGACGCAGAAAGAGCUCGAGGCUGAAAUCCGCCAACUGACAGCCAAGAUAGAUCAGCUGGAGACGGUCCAGAGCCAGUCCAAGACACUGCGACAUAAAGCCACAGAGCUGGAGAAACAGUUGGAGGCGUUCACAAACCAGUACCUGCAGCCUCAGCAGUGAGCGGCUCUCCUUUAUCGCUCCCUGUUUUUUGGUUCCGGUGGAGCCGAUCAUUCCUCAGCCAGGCGCCGCCACAGCGCCUCAUCAACUAAUCCACAGUUUCCGUGUGGACAGUAGUCCUGAAAAGAGAAAUGGCUCAACCGAUCUAUCAAGCAAAAAGAAAUCUAUACGUAUUUUGAUAAUCAAUGAAAUGUUAGUUAUUUAUCUGGCGGAAAUACCAAACUUCUGCAGCCUCUCAAAUGGGAAGAUCUGAUCCUUUUGUGUGACUUUUAAAAACAUUUUGUAGAUUAAUCAUUUACUAAAUGAAAAACCCCAGAAAACAAAGAUUAAUCGAUGAAUGAAAUAGGAUCUGUAGUUUCACUCUUCGUGGACAGGGGAGCGUGAAGGCCCAGACACGACAGUAUUUUCCUCUCCUCCGCAGCCAUUCAGGUGCUUCAGGUGUUUGAGAAACUGCAGUGACACUGUAAAACAAAACUGCCUGUAAAACAAACAAAUGGACUCACGACGUGCAAAGACGCUCCACGAGACGGCCACAGGAUCUCGGUCGGCAUGAAGGCUUCCGGUCGGGUGCUAUAUUUUGACACUAGCGUGCUUCUAACUGUGAAUAUGCCUUUUUUUUGACUAACUUUUGUGGAGCAAAUGAAGUUGGUGUGUCUGUAAGACUGUACAUGUAUCUGUCCAGGCACAAGAUCUGCUGUAUGUUAGCAACAAAAAAUAAAUAUAUUUAAUAAUAAAAGAGAACAGAUUUGUUUUUCUGAAUUCUGAGGACCCAGUUAGUUAAAAUUCACUGAGAGAAAUAAUUUGAGUAGAAAGGGAAAGCAUGUCUUUAACAUACUGUAGGUUCACAUUCUAUUUUCUAAGAAUCCAAACUGUAUAGAUCAAAGGCUUUGGAGAUCCUCAUAUAUAUUUUAUAAUAUCCUGCUUUAUUUAUACACUAUCCAUUAGACUUGUAAUGACAAUUACACCAGUCUACAAUUACAGCGGUCUUUUUAUUUCAUUUUUUUUCUUGAAUGUGUGUUGAAAUACCUCCAGAUUUGCCUGGUUAUAUUAAAUCUGUCACAGUCCAAAACUGACUUUUUGUGUAUCUCUUUGAAAGACACUGAAUUUAAACAUGUCCUGCAUGUCGAGUGUUGAUGUAAAAUGGAACAUCAGUGAAUAUUAAAUGCUCAGAUAUAAAUUCAGUUCAGUUUUUAGCUUAAAAAACACCAAAUGUUAACUUCUUGUCUCUUUCCAGACUUCUAUAUGUAUUCUCUGUGUCAAUUAACUGUAAUAAUAAGCAAGCAACAGAUAAAUACAGGUCAAUAUGUUUAAGUAUACAGGUUAAAUAUGAAGAACCCAAAGCAGAACUUAUUCAAGCCACACAGCCAGUUUUUGUUUCCUUUGGUCUUUGUUGCA